AUGAGUGUCAAUAGAGCCGUGAGGUUACAUGGAAAACACGACUUACGAAUCGAAAAUCUCCCAAUACCAGAGCCUGAAGAAAACCACGUGCAAGUGAAAAUGUCCACAGUAGGUCUGUGCCGAACUGAUGUUCAUCUCUUUGAGGAAGGUCGUAUUGACUACGUGGUCAUCGAUAAACCAAUCACUAUUGGUCACGAGAUCAGUGGCACAAUCAGCAAAAUAGGACCUGGGGUCACCUCUCUCGCUGUUGGUGACAGAGUUGCCAUUGACCCCUGUCGACCAUGUGGUACCUGUACGCAAUGCAAGAAGCCUCGAACCAAUAUGUGUCUUAACAUGAUUCUCUCUGGAGUCAUCAAAAUUGAUGGAGGUUUUGCCACGUAUAUGACGACCCCUGCAUACACUUGCCAUAAACUACCGGACAAUGUUAGUCUGGAAGAAGGCGCCAUGAUAGAGCCCCUGUCUGUUGGAGUUAAUGCUGUCCGGCGGGCGAGAAUGUCCCCGGGAGAUGCGGUGAUCGUUACUGGGGCAGGUCCUGUUGGUUUAUUUGCUAUGCAAGUAGCGAAAGCACUAGGAGCAGGCAAAGUCAUGAUGGUUGAUAUUAACGAAAGUCGUCUUCAACUUGCAUCCAAGAUGGGAGCAGAUUUAGUUUUCAAGCCUACAUUGCCAACUUCAGAUCCGCAAGCUGCAUCUGAGGAACUGAAGACAGCUCUUGGUAGCGAGGCAGACCUUUUCAUGGAAUGUAGUGGCGCACCGGGGAUAGUGGAUGUGGCCAUUCAUUCAUGCGCACGUGGGGGUAAAGUCAUGAUGAUUGGUUUCGGUGAAAUGGCUAUGUACGCACACAUUGGAAUGGCAGCUGUACGGGAAAUUGAUAUCCUUGGUGCUUUUGCCAACGAUAAUAACUACCCAGAAUCUGUGGAGCUGGUAGCUGCUGGUAAAGUGGACGUGAAGUCGGCCAUUACCCACAGACUGCCACUGGACAAAGUUCUAGAAGGAAUGGAACUGAUCAAGUCUGGCAAGUCCGUGAAAGUUGUCAUUGACUGCACGUCGUAG